GGGAGCCAGAAGAUUUCCAACCCUAUAAAGACCUUCCUUUGAGCUUCCUGGUUCUAUAAUAUUCCAUAAGGCUUCUGCAAACAAGCUCUUUGGCAUCCAUACAAGCUCUUUGGCUGUCAACCAGAGUGUCUUAUGAGCUCUGUUUAUUCAGCUUAGGAGGGAAGGAGGAAACAAAAAGAGGUUGUAUGUGUUUGGAUGAUGAGACAUUUGCAGUACAUGUCAAGAAGGCUGACACACAGAGUGAUGAGUUAGCACAUAACUGUUAUUGCGUGCGAUUUUGCUUUGUGUUUGUGUGUUUACUUGUAGAUGGCGAGUGGACAGCUGUCGAGGGAGGAGGCGCUGGCAUGCUCAGGCUACAGGCAUGCAUGCCAUGCGAUGCUCUACUGUGACACAAACACUCAGCUGUUUGGGAGGAUUCCCAUUAGACAUAUUAUACUGGUGAGGUCUGUGUAUGUGCACAUGCAUGUGUGCAAGUGUGUUUGUGUGGUAUGAGUGGUGUAUGGGUGAAAAUGUUUGAGUUCCAGCAUGUUUAAGUGAUGCACACUUUUGCUUUCAAUGCUCCUGACUGUUUAUUUAAAAACCUCCUGCUCUUCCCUCAGCAUCUCUGCCUCUCUGUGUGUGUGUGUGUGUGUGAGGGAGAGAGAGAGAGAAAGCAGCAGUGUUUGAGUCUUACUUUGUCACUUCCCACAGAUGCAGAUGCGCUUUGACGGUCUGCUGGGUUUCCCUGGCGGGUGAGUCAUUCCUGGUGCAGCUUUUGUUUCAUCCUCUAAUGUGAAAAAGGUGCAUUUAGCGAAGGCUUGUAAGAGUAUAUUCUUCCCUAGAGAGUUUAAACAACUAAUGUAUACCUUUAUACUGAUGUAUACAUUAAUCUCCAACAGAGGGAAAUGGUCAGAAACAGAAAUGUUGUAAGAUGGUAUUUCAAGUAUUUUCCAUAACCGUCUGUGUUUUUUUAAAGAAUAGAAUAAUUGCAAUGCUUGAAAAAUAAUAGCUGUCUGUGGCUGCCACAGGGCUGCAAGACAUUUGAUCAAUUAUAGAAAGCCUUUAUUUUUGCCCUUUUGUAAAAUGUGAGGCCAAAAGGCCACAUUCACAGGUGCACACAUAUUGGCGCAGCCAGGGUACGUGCAGAAGUCAUCUAGCUGGUAGAGCUGCAGGACUGACGUGACAUCCUUCUAGCUGACCAAGACAUCCAUUCAAUGUACUCAUAAAAUGUCAAAGAUUCCUCAGGUUAGUCUGCAGCAGAACUGAUUCUUCUGUUGAUUUAAAGGUCACAAAGCCAUGUUUGAGAAAAAUAGUUUGAUCCAUGUUCCAUCUAAUGUCGUAUUCACACCAAGCAUAAACAAAAUUAUUGACUCACUGAAUUCUGCGUGUUUAAACUCUUAAAUUCUUUGUGUGUUUUCUUGCUUAAUAUGUGCAUAUGAAUUAAUUCAUAUUAAAUAAAUUGCAUCUGCAAGAGAGCCAAAACACUUGAUCAACUGCGUUAACCGUUUGAAUAACUUACCAGAUAAUUCAACCCCCUCACUCUCUUCCCUCCAGGGCAGCUCUUUGUUUAAUCCUGUCUAAAUAUUAAAACCAUGUUGUACCCUAAAUCUUGCCCUCACGAUCAGUUGAUCCUCUAUUUUUGAAAAGAACAAACCUCAUAUGUCACCAGGGAAUCUAGCUUAGUUUAGUUUAGUUUAGUUUAUUUGAUCAUCAUCACAGUGUCAAAUACAAUCAUACAUAUACAAAUCAUGCUUCAUGAAAAGCAGUCUGUAACACUCUGUAACACUGUUAGGUGAUCAAAAGGAAUAGGCAGAAGCUCAAAGUUUGUAGAUGCCUAUCCUACUUACUCAUGUUUUACCAAAAUUAGUUUAGUUACUCAGUAUGUAUAACGAGUACGUUUGACUAGCUGAGCAUUCCAAAGUAAAAGCAAAGCAAGAACAGAACGAAAAGGAGCAGCAACCAGAGGAAACAUGUUGAUUGUCUAUGGGAAUGAAUUGAUUUUCCUUUUUGGUGUGAACAUGACAUGAUAACAUGGUCGAGUUGGACCUUUACUGCAGAUGGUCAGCAGGGGGAGCUCUAAAUCUUUGGUUUUUCCAGCCAGUGCAAACUUAUGGUGGCUAUUCAAUAUGCAGUGUAUGCUUUCAUAUAAGGUUUUAUCUAAGUUUCUGUCCAAUCCUUCCAUUCAGACCCACUGAAAUCAUAGAAUAGCUUACAUCUCUGGCUUCAACUGUAAUCCUCUGCCUAUAUCCUCAUUGUGCAUUGGCUAAGUCUUCCACUGCCAGAGGGCUGGCCGCACAAUAGCAGAAAAAAGGUAGUUUGAUAUUCGUGAUGACAAUGAUGCUCUGCACUCAUCUUCACAGUGCAUCAUUACAGACGUGUUGUGCACCGAAAGUAUAGAAAUGCUCUUCAUGUAUGAAAUGUGGCCAUACCAGAAAAAGAAGACAUGUUGACUGCAAAAGAGCCAAGAACAAGACAUAAGAGGUUAUUUGACAUAUUCUUGCAGGACUGAGGCGCCAAUACAGGCAUCCAAGUCUUAGAAAUUCACUGAUAGAUAUAUUCUAAUUUAUUAUAUUCUGAGGCUGAAAACAAGCCUGAAUUAUUCCUUCUGAUUUGUGUUCUCAUGCCCAGAAUCCAGUGACUUGAUUUUACUCAAUCCUGAGGCGGGACCAGCAGCAAACUAGACCUCAAUGAGCUUUUCAACCAACUUGAUUUAUUCACUUCUGCACAUGAGAAGUCUCUUGAGAGAAAAAGAGCUGACACUGACCUUUGACCCUUCCUCCCACACCUCAGGUUUGUUAAUACACAGGAGGAGACCCUGGAGGCGGGGCUAAGCAGAGAACUGUUAGAGGAGCUGGGCGUGGCACUUCCUUUAUCGGUGGAAGAUCAUGUGGAUGCACGUUUCGCCCCUGUUCCCUCCUCCUCGUCCUCCCCCCUUAUCACUCACUUUUACAUGAGGAAGAUGGAUGAGGAGCAGAUUAGAGAGGUGGAGAGAGCGGCUGCAUCCACUGCAACAGAUCAUGGACAAGAGGUAAUGGGUGUGUGUGUGUGUUUAUGUAAAGUGACUGAUUGCAGCCAUUUGCCCAGUCUCAUGCUCUGUUCCUCAUCACCUCUUCUAUCCUCUCUCUCUCUCUUUCUCUCUCUCUGUGUCAGGUACUAGGCAUGGUCAGAGUCCCGCUCUACAGCACUAAAAGCGGAGGAGGCCUCGCGUUUUUCCUCUCACACUCUUUCAUCGGCAACGCUCGCUCCCAGCUGCUUGACUCUCUCCUUCGUCUAAACCUGGUGGCCCCCAAGGACUUGCACAAAGCCCUCACACAGUCUUUGAAGAUGCACACACACACCGCAGACGACCUGAAAGCGGCCCUCACGCUGACUGAGGCGAACAGGAAACGGUUUUGAAAGCACACCUGCACAUGCUCCAGCAACAUCCUCUAUAAUAAGCUCAUAGAUUCUGUUUGGCCAUUGGCAGUGUUUGACUCAAUCCCUCUCACAAAGUUAAUCCCAAGUACACACACAAACACACACCAUCCACUGUCACACUGAUGCUCAGAUGGUGACUCAUAAUUGCCUACUUUGCAUCAAACUGUUUAGGGGAAAUAUGAACUGCUUCAGCAUUAAUAGAAAUAAACUCAUUUACACUCUUA